GAGCUUGAGGCCUUUGUCUGGGGCAUUAGGGUGUUAGUGGAUUAUUGAAAGGUGUUGACUCAGGUGUGUGUGGGGAUUCUCCCGGUACAGACUUGGUCACUGUUCAGACCCUAGUCUCCAACGGAUCUGCAACUUCUUCAAAGGCUACACUCUAGUUUUAAAGGUAGAUCCACCGUCUUUGCCAGAUGAUCAUUGGCCAUACAUCAUGGAUAUUGGUGGUCUAACAACUGUGGUAGCAAAUUCAGCCUACAUUAAUGCUCGAGGAAGUAUUGAUGGGUCUAACCCAGCAGCAGCGCGGGAUAAGAAGUAUCAUGCCCGCCUCAAACUACCCCACAUCACUGUGUGUGAAGACUUGAGAGACACCCUGGACUUGGCUUUUGAUUCUGUAUGUGUAGAACAGCCCAUUGGCAAACGGCUGUUUAGAGAAUUUCUUGAUUCCAAACAGGAAUACCAUGGAGCUUGUCGGUUGUGGAAAGAUCUUGAGGACUAUGACAUGGCAGAAGACUCGGAAAGAGUUAAAAAAGCCUCAAAGAUAGUCCAGCGCUACAUGGAUUCUACCGCCAAGCAUUACUGCCCAUUUAUUUCUGAGGAAGUUAUAGCCAAAGUGAAAGAAUCCCAAGAGGCUGCAGGUGAUGAUCUGUUUGCUGCUGCACUGGCUUCAACACUGGACUAUCUGCGAGAGGCUCCCUACACAUUCUUUUUAGAGAGUAUGUACUUGAAGCGUUUUCUGCAGUGGAAGUGGCUUGAAAUGCAGCCCAUGGAUGUAGACUGGUUCCUAGAUUUCCGAGUGCUGGGCAAAGGGGGGUUCGGGGAGGUAUCGGCAUGUCAAAUGAAAGCUACAGGGAAACUGUAUGCUUGCAAAAAACUGAACAAGAAGAGACUGAAGAAGAGGAAAGGAUACGAGGGGGCGAUGGUGGAGAAGCGCGUUCUUGAGAGGGUUCACAGUCGCUUUAUUGUGUCACUGGCAUAUGCCUUUCAGACCAAAGAGGAACUUUGUCUGGUGAUGACGAUCAUGAAUGGUGGAGAUCUCAAGUACCAUAUCUACCUGGUGGAUGAGAACAACCCAGGGUUUGAUGAACCUAGAGCCUGUUUUUACGCCGCUCAGAUAAUCCAGGGUUUAGAGCAUUUACACCAGAAACAGAUCAUAUACAGAGAUCUCAAACCUGAAAAUGUAUUGUUAGACAAUGAUGGAAAUGUACGUAUAUCUGAUUUAGGCCUAGCUGUAGAGCUGAAAGAAGGGAAGACCAUGACAAAGGGCUAUGCUGGCACACCUGGGUAUAUGCCCCCAGAAAUGCUGAAAGGAGAGAAGUAUGACAACGCUUGUGACUACUUUUCUCUGGGUGUAACACUGUUUGAGUUUAUUGCUGCUAAAAACCCAUUUAGGAACAGGGGAGAGAAGGUUGAAAAAGAGGAGAUGAAAGAGCGUAUGCUAACAUUGGAAGUUACCUACUGUGACUUAUUCAGUGAUGAUGCUAAAGCUCUCUGUGAUGGUUUGUUGGCAAAAGAAGCUAGUAAGAGAAUGGGCUUCAAAAAUGGAAACUGUGAUGAACUCCGUGCACAUCCAUUUUUUAACAAUAUUAAUUGGAGGAAGCUGAAUGCAGGCAUCCUGCCUCCUCCUUUUGUACCGGAUUCCAGAGUGGUGUAUGCUAAAAGUCUGGAUGACGUUGGGGUUUUUUCCUCUGUGAAAGGAGUUGCCCUGGAAGAUGUUGACAAGACCUUUUUUGAUGAAUUUUCAACAGGCAAUAUAUCCAUCCCAUGGCAGGAAGAGAUGAUUGAGAUGGGCAUUUACGGAGAGCUGAAUGUUUGGGGUCCAGAUGGAACAGUUCCUAAUGACCUCCGUAGAGAGUCCAUUUUAGAGCAACCAAAGUCUUCCACAUGUUGCAUGUCCUAAACUAAUUUUGCCACACAAAAAGUAAAAAAAAGUUCCUCAAUCAAAACACAGUGAGCCACGCAUCCUCCGUGACUUAUCUUAUAGGCCUUCUUUAAUAUCUAGUGUUAAAGGUACAAUAUAUAACUUUUCUGGUGGGAAGACCACCACCUGCCUGCCUCCAUUGCAUUGAGAUGUUAUUGCUUUGCCUGGAAUAUUCCACAAUUUAGCAUUAAACCUGCUCAUCUUCAGGUAAAUGAACAGAUGCCACCACAGCAAUAAAAACUCUUGUUAUUUAAUAAAUGAAAGAUAGAUAGGUUUAAUGCCACACUAUGGAACAUUCCAGGCAAAGCAAUAUAACUCUGUGGAAACAACCGGGUGGGGGAUCCCCUUUCAGAAAAGCUGUUCACCUUUAGGCUUUGUACUUCUAUUCAUUUUUUAAAACAUUUUGUCAUUGGUUUUACAGCAAACAUGUCCUCUGAUACGCACUCAAAACCUUUCCAGCAUCAUUUAUAUUUUCAAUGUACAUGUCAAUACAGUUUAUAGAAAAUGCAUUAAUUAUUUUAUUUAUUGAUGUUAUACAAAUGUUAGACAAAUAUGAACAAAGUUCAUUAUCACCAUAUGAUCAAACACUUUUGGAAUGUCAAGCAGAAUUAUAAAGAAUAAUACAAAGUGUGACUGUUUGAAUGUUUCUAAUUACUUAUUUUCAAUAUUUUGUGAACCAUUUAAACCACAGAUAAAAUGUUCUGUCACUUUGCUGUGGCCAUAUAUAUCCUGACUUCUUCCUGUGGGAGCUCGCACAGCAACGUUGUGUUAAAAUUUCCUUUGAAUCUCUCUGUGAACCUCAGGUCGGACUGAAAACGGAUCUUGUUGGCCCAAAGCAGAGUAGUGCCACUGCCCGGUCUGCAGAAGUGGUGCAUGGUUUUCAGCAGUUCCUCCAAACAUUCAUGGUGGUAGACCACAUCUGCUGCCAGCACGUAGUCGUAGUGGAAUGGUGGAUGGGGAAAGUCUCUGUCCAGAUCAAGGCCCCAGGUCAGAGGAGCCACCUGAGGAGUGUACCGUGAGCGACCCUUUGUGUUUCUCAAAAGGUUAAAUGUCAGAUUGGACAAAAUGUCUGGCUUGUCAGUUGCAGUCACCCAGGCAC